AUGGUGGUGAAGAGUGAGAAAGGUAGAAUUUGUGUGACCGGAGGAACCGGUUUCCUUGGUUCAUGGAUGGUCAAAAGGCUUCUUGAAGAUGGAUAUCAAGUCAACACCACUUCAAGAAUCGAUCCAGAGCGCAAAAGGGACAUCAGCUACCUCACGAACCUCCCGGGCGCGGCCGAGCGGCUCAAAAUCUUCAACGCAGACCUCGACAAGCCCGAGACCUUCGGGCCCGCGAUCGAGGGCUGCGUCGGGCUUUUCCACAUGGCCCACCCGCUCGAUUUUCAGGAGAAGGAGCCCGAGGAUGUGAAGGUCCACCGGGUCACGACGGGAAUGCGGGCCAUCCUUCGGGCCUGUGCGGAUGCCAAGACUGUCCGUCGCGUGGUCUACACCUCAAGCAUAUCGGCCGCGGCCGGCACCACGGCGCGCGGCCCGUUGGGCCUAAUCGACGAGAGUUGUUGGACCGACGUGGACUUCGUGAGGAGCCUCAAGGCUUUCGGUGGGCCCUACAUGGUCACCAAGACGCUAGCCGAGAAGGCCGCAGUUGAAUGCGCGGAGGAACUCGGGCUUGACCUUGUGUGCGUCGUGCCCACUUGGGUCACGGGUCCGUUUAUUUGCCCGCAUAUACCCGACUCGGUUUAUGUGUCCAUGGCUUUGAUCUUUGGUGACAAGGCACAUUACCAGCAUGUUAAGGACACAAGUUUGAUUCAUGUUGACGAUGUUGCAAGAGCUCAUAUACAUCUGUUCGAGUAUCCAGAAGCAAAAGGGCGAUACAUUUGUGCGGCUGUCGAGUUUACUAUAGACAAAUUAAGCGAAUUUAUUUCGGCUAGGUACCCUGAAUACAAGAUGCCUGAUCCAGAAUCGUGGAAGGACAUAAUACCUCUUAAAUUUUCGGGCCUUUCGACGAAAAAACUGAAGGAAACCGGGUUCAAGUACGAAAACGGGCUUGCGGAGAUGUUUGAUGGGGCAAUCAAAAGCUGCAAAGAGAAGGGCUUUCUUUAG